UAGGAGACCAAAUUUUAAACAAGCUUAUGCUUCGCUCGCAGUGGGUUGCAUUUCUUCAAAGUACAACAAAGGCAUAACGCAGUUCUCUUUCGUCCAGGAUGUUCUGGGGUGUGACAAGAGCUCUUGAUUUACAACACGUUUUAUAUACAAAUCAGCCCAAACGUGUUGGAGACAAUCUCAUUCCAGAUGAGUUACCAGAAAGAACACCUUUGAAUAUUUUGCUUAUCGGAACUAGUGAUGCUAGACACGUAAUAAAAACCUUAGCAAAGUCGUACACGCAUAGUAAAAGACACGUUAGAUUUUUUGUCUAUGAACUUCAUCUUGAAGUGCUUGCACGUCAGAUGUUGCUGCUAUCCGUGGCUCUGGAACCUCCUGAGAAACUGGGUCUUUUAGAAAAGACGAGGAUCUUCAUGGAGCUAUACGGAAAUGCAUUCCUCAGAGCAAGCACGGCCUCAUACCUAUCGAAAAAAUGUAAUCAUCUAAUACGUAUGAUAACUGAUGAAGAACAUAUGAAAAAAGUUCUACCAUUAUUCGACUUCAGCCACUUAAAAUAUCGAGACCGCGAUCGCUUGGAAGAUAUUUUCAAAUUCUGGAGAUCGCUUGAUAGUAGUUUCGAUAUGACCGAUCUCUGGGAUAAAAGGCUGCGUAAUAUGUUGGGUUCACGAUACGACUCAAGAGAAGGGGUAUUUGAUUGGGACUAUUAUAUGGUUCUGAAAGACCGUGGCAGUGAAUACAUUAAUUUCCAGGAAUACAAACAAUUCAGAACCAAUGGCGUUGGCUUUACGUGGCUGGAAACAGAGUACGCUAUUAGCAAUCCUACACUCGCCGCUUAUGUCAUCAGAAUGGAAGGAAAACUCCGACAUCACGGAUACAUUGGCGAUGUUGUCAGUGGCCCAUUUUACGCAUUUGGAAUGGAAACCGACCAGACAGAUAUGAAUCGUAAAUCUAACGGCGUGUAUAUGAAGAAAGCAACUGAUAUCUCUGAAAGAAAUCUGAUGCAAUAUUUCCAUGAACUGCAGAAUAAGUCUCCGUACGUCCAUGUGCCAGUGAAAGGAGAAACGAACAGUGGAGUCGUUAUUACAGAAAUAACAAGUGCUCCAUUGGUCUCAGAGGACGACAAGGAUAUGAAAGUCACGAAGGUACCCGUGUCAAAUGCUUCUGCGGAAGAGCAUGAAACAAUACCGGUUGAAAAUGGUACAGUGAUAUUUUUGACAAGUCCAGAGAAAGUAGAUUGUCUGCAAAAACGCGAAUUCAAGGGGUUAUUUGACAUUAUCGUUGUAUCACAAAAUAUGACACAUGUGCUGAGUAAAGAAAUACUAUCUGUAGCGAGUAAAGAUGCGACAGUAAUAAUUGAGAGCAGGAAGUAUCUUUUAUCACUGACAAAGGACCACCUGAAAGAAUAUUCAGAUACACUCGAAGAAAAAGCACAGCUUUGCAACUUCGAGAAGAUACAUAAUUUUGAUCCAAAAAGCGACGAGUAUGCAUUUUUCAGGAUGAGACAUCCAUGUGAAGAAUAAUCACAUCAAGAAUUUUGUUCAUGGUUAUCUGUGUUCUGUCAAGGAACCAUCACUUUCUCAAUACUUUAUUUUCACAUGUUGUUAUUAAAUGUGCCUUCUAAGUAACCAAGAAGGCCUAGGUAUUGUAGGUGAGACAUUUACAGCUCAUUUGCGUACGUGGUCAGCUUUCCACCUUUCCGGAGUAAAUUGGAAGAAGUAAUUUGCUUUCAUGUCUUGUGUGUUUGAAAUUGAAGUAUUAAUUGCCUUAAGAAUAAUAUAUAUUGUGGACGAAGUAUAUGUAGGCCCACUUUUAUAGACUAUUUUAUUGGAUUGUGGCAUUGAAACUUGAAACUUUUUCUUAAAUUUUUGUCUACUAAGCAUUCCGCGUUUCCUUUUUCUUAAAUUUUUGUCUACUAAGCAUUCCGCUUUUCUUCUAAUUUUCAAUGUCAGGCAUAAGUCUCGUGAUUUUGUAAAAUUAAGUGGAGCUGAUAAUAAGGUCUCCAUCUUGAUUUGCCGCCAAAACGUACUGUUUGCUCCAUCAAGGGGAAGAAAAAAAUAUUCAAUUAAGUAGGGAACACACACGCCGAAUUUCUGGUUUGUAUCUCCUUAAAUUUAAUUCUUAUGCAUAUACAUUUCUCAUACACGCCGUACGUAUUUUUAGAAUAGGUAGUUUGAAUCAAAAUGGUAUGAAGAAUAUACUUGUGAAAUGGAGUGAUAAAGAUGAAAUGUUACAAGUUAUGAGUAUGCACUCAGAGAAAGAUGCAACUGUCCAAUAUUUAAGUGUUUGUACGAAGGUAAAGAUCUCAAGGUUUUCAACUAACAGUAGCAAUCUUUAAAAUUAAUGUUCAUAGAAUACUGGUAUACAAUAUACUGUUCAACAGUCUUUCAUUUCUCAGCUUUUUGUAUGUUUCUGUGUCUAGCGUUGACUAUUAGUCUGCCAAGGCAGUUUGUUCAGUCAGAAACUCAUUAAUGAGCAAAUACCUAAUCAAACUCAGUGUGUUUAUCAACAUAAGAAAAGUGAACAGUCACAUAGAUGUGUUAAUAUGUAGUUGUGAGUUUGGUAAAUGUUGCUUGCUUUAAUAUUUUGUGUUUUCAUUAUAUAAGAUAUGCAAUA